ACUUAACUGACGUGAGGCAACUUGGGCAAAAGAAAGGAAGCUUUUGAAAAGCGUUUUUUUUUUGCGUUGUUAGAUCAAAAAAACCAGGGUUUCUUAUAUUUGCCGAAUUUCCAAGAAACAGUUGUGGUGUGGUUGUAUAAGUAUCAACAUUUUAAGAAAGUGUGGAUAUGCCUAAACCAAAUUACAACAAACAGUUCGUUCGCGAUCGUGAUAGUGGUGGUGAUCGGGAUUUCGGUGGUGAUUACCGCAAUGAUAGGCGUGUCACCUUUAAGCCAAGUGGUGGUUCUCGCCAUGGGGGCAAAUUUGGCAAAAACAAGGAUUGGAGCAAUGCUAUUCGGUCCCACCUGGAGGAAGAGGACAUUGAUAUGAACCUCCAAGGUGGGUCCGGUAAGAGUUUUAAAAAGAAUUAUGGCAAAAAGAAAGGUAAUAGGCCUGGGUCACCUGCCCCAGGACCAAGAAGACUUUUUGAAGGGCCAACUGGAUGGUAUAAAGUUUCUAUACCAUUUGGGGAGAAAUAUGAUAAGAGCUUCUUACUAAAACUCUUUGUUGAGAAUGUGGCCCCAUUAUCCUUUUGGCCGAUUUCUUGGCACUCAAAUGGACAUACAGUGUUUUUCUAUGUGGAUGACCAAAAAGUGGCUCAAAAACUGUUGGAUUUAGACAAAAAAGUGCAGCUUCCUAAUGGUUUUAAAUUGUUAGUCAGAGUACAACCUGGUACUCCAAAUGUUGACAUGACUUCAUCUACAAAGGAAAAAAUGAAGCUUGUUAUGGCCAAGAGAUAUAAUGCAGCAAAUAAGGCUUUAGAUCUGACAAAGUUUCAUGCAGAUCCAGAUUUACAGGCAAGAAUUCAUUUCCUAAUUAAGUUGAAGUUUUGUUAUGUAGUUUUCUGUGUUAAAUUUCAGGAUUGUUUUUGUGCCUUAUUCAAACCAAUAGUGUUCAUAGCCGUUCUUGAUAUCAUCAAAGAAAAUAUUCCAGAUAUGGAAGCUCUAUGUCUCAAUGACAAUAAGGUUUCAGUGUUUGGAUUUUUAAAAAAUGUUCAAAAAAGUAUACCCAAUCUUAAGAUAUUGCAUCUGGGCAAUAAUAAGAUAAGAGAUUUAAUGCAGCUAGAUGCAUUUAUAGGAUUGCCAAUUGUGGAGCUAUUUUUGCAUGGAAAUCCACUUUGUGAUAAGUUUAAGGAACAAAGUUCAUAUAUCAGUGAGGUCCGGAAACGGUUUCCCAAAUGCAUGAAACUGGAUGGUAUAGAUCUUCCUCCGCCAAUUAGUUUCGACAUCACAGAAGAAACGGCCAUACCAGAGACGAGAGACCGGUUUUUAUGCAGUCCAGAAGGCGAAAUAACAGUUCGAAGGUUUAUCGAUCAAUAUUUUGCCAUUUAUGACAGUGGAAAUCGCCAACCGUUAUUAGAGGCUUACCAUGAAAAAGCGAUGUUUUCUUUUACCAUGUGUUAUCCGUAUGGACUGGGCAAAGAUAAAAAUGUUGCCUGGCUAAAUUGGUAUCAGACUGAUAACAGAAACAUCUUGAGGGUUCCGGAUAUUGAUAGAAAAUGUAAAUUGCUCAAGCAGGGACAGUUGAGCGUUGUCUCCUUUUUACAAGAUAUGCCCGAAACCAAGCACGAUAUUAAUGGGUUUACAAUUGAUUUAACAUUGUAUACACCUCAAAUGCUUUGCCUAACAAUCUCGGGCAUGUUUAAAGAACUAAAAACCGGACACAAAGUACCACCUACUAGAUUCUUCUUUAGAACUUUGGUUAUUGUUCCUGUUGGUUCAGGUUUAUGUAUAGCCAAUGAAGUUUGUCAUAUUACAAAUGCCACACCGGAGCAAGCAAAAGAAGCUUUUAAGGCGCCAUCUUUAAGUGCUCCCAUUCCUGGUACCUCAGCACCCCCUUCUACUCCAGAGGCUUCGCCGGUAAUACACGCGCCGCCAGUGAUGUCUCCAAUGUUAGAUAACAACACGAAACAAGAAAUGAUUAAUCAAAUAGCACUAAAAACUGGAAUGAAUAUGGAGUGGUCUAUCAAAUGUCUAGAAGGGAACGACUGGGAUUUCGUAAGGGCCUGCGCGACAUUCGAUAGCUUACAAAGUCAAGGUGCAAUUCCCGCAGAGGCAUUUAUGAAAUGAGCGAUGUUUGUUCAUAUCCCCCUUUGUAAUAUAGUAGAUUAGUUGUUGUACAGUGGUUUCGGCUCAGUCUUGUUGUACUUUACCUAUGUUUCAAAUAAUAUUUUCGGCAAAGUAUGCAGGGGAUACAUAUGUUGCUAAUUAUAUUUUUAGUCAAUUAGUACAACUGGACUGAAGUGAAUAUUUUAGAUAUUAAAUCACUGAUGCUGUAAUAUAUUAAAAAAA